CUCCGCCGGACACGGUGAUUGUUUUUCCUUCUGUUUCUUUUCCCGCUCUUUUAUCUUCUUGUUCUUAACACCUUCUUCGCGCUUCCUUUUUUUUGCUCUUUUUUCUUUGUCUUCUUGCUGCAUUGAGCAUUCAUAAUGGGUCGAUUUUUUGGAAGCAAAAACAAUAACGUCGAAUCCGAGGAGACACCUACCGCUAGUGAUGUCGAUAAACUCUCUUUGAAGAAUGCUGAACCCGGCACCGGUGGUCAGUUUAAAGAAUUCUUAAAGACCGUCAUUAGCUUCACUGGCGAUCUUUCAUCGUUGACCUGUCCUGCGUUCUUCUUGAACGGUCUUUCACUCCUUGAAUAUGGUACUUAUUGGGGUGAUCAUCCUGAAUGCUUUGCUGCUAUCAGCGAAUCAUCUGAUCCUCAAGAAAGAAUACUGGCUGUCACACGUUGGUUUAUGUCCACAUUGUGGGGAAGCUAUGCAUCACGCUGCACCAACGGGGCCACUGAGAAGAAGCCAUUGAAUCCAAUCUUGGGUGAACAAUUUCAUUGUCAGUUGGGCGAUGUGAAGUGUAUUUGCGAACAAGUCUGCCACCAUCCUCCGAUUUCUGCCUUUUAUUUAGAGAAUGAGAAAGCCGGCAUUUCGUUGAAUGGUCACUCUGGCCAAAAGUCCAAAUUCAAAGGUACUUCCAUUAAAAUCGAACAAGUGGGACGAGCCGUGCUCUACGUCAAGCAAUGGGACGAGCAAUACCUUAUUGAUUAUCCCGACUUAUUGAUUCGUGGUGUCUUGAUGGGUGCUUGCUACAUUGAAUUGGGUGGACAAUGCACGAUUGCUUGUACCAGUGGUGCUCAAGCCAAUAUCGAAUUUGUGCCCAAGCCAUGGUUUGGAGGUGAACAUAAUCACAUCAAGGGCUCCAUUUCUAUGAACGGCAAGGAUGUUUAUGCAUUGUCCGGCCGUUGGAGUCACAAGUCGUACUACAAUCGACCUGAUGAAAGCAAAAAGGAACUACUGUUCGACGCCGAAGCGGAGCCCAUGGCGAAACGUGUCACACGUCCUUUGGAAGAACAACAGGAUAUCGAAUCGCACAAACUCUGGGGCCCUACGCUUGAUGCGUUGAAGGUCAAGAAUUACACGGUGGCCAAUGCCGAAAAAUCCAAGGUCGAGGAAUGGCAACGUGGUCUUCGAAAAGAAAGAGAGCAGAAGAAGGAAACGUGGGAACCCGUUCUUUUCAAGUUCGUCAAGGAUGCCGAACCCAACAGCGAUUACGCAAGGCGAACUAUCGAAUUGACAAAAUCCAUGAAUGGCAAGCCAUUGUUGGAUAACGGUGCAUGGACAUACACAGACUCACUUCACUUGCGCCAGUAAUCGUGCCAAAAUCCCCUCUUGCUUCAGCAUACCAUUUCUUGUUUCUUUUCUUCUCAAAUUUCUACUUACUGUAUGUCAGGAUUUUCGAUGUGAUUCCCUUUCACUCUGAUAUGUGUUUUUCUCUAUCGUUCUACAAAUGCUGCUUUUCUUUUAUAAUUUGCUGUACCAACUAAUACUACUUUUGUGCGCCUUUUUUCUUCUGAUCACUCCCCCAACUUAGAAUGUGUCUUUUUUUUUUUAUCCAAUAAAAAUUGGAGCUAAUCUUGUCAACAAA